AUGGGUAAAUCUAAAGGAGGCAAAAAGAAGCAACAGCAGCAGCAGAAGGAGGAGGAGGAAGGGGAUGAAACGGUGGUCAGUGAAGAGCUCUCGGAAGAGGUGAUGGAAGGGGACGACUCGCCAGUAGAGUAUCUUGAGGUUGAUGCUGGCAGCUCACAAGAGGUACCUACAGCCGUAGGGGAGGAGGAGACUAGCGAGGUGAAGUCAGCGGCACCAGUAGUGGAAAAGGA